GGCCCUAUCAGUGGUGUCAACAAGGAGAUUGCUGUUCUUCAGUGCCAUGGAGACUGUGACCCGUUGGUUCCUUUAAUGUUCGGUUCCCUCACUGUUGAGAAGCUAAAGAGUAUGAUAAAUCCAGCCAAUGUAACCUUCAGGACUUACUCUGGCAUGAUGCAUAGCUCAUGUAUUGAGGAGAUGAUGGAUGUAAAACAGUUUAUAGACAAACAUCUACCUCCUGUAGACUGA